AUGGCAUACUCAACACGGCAUCGCGCAUUCCACCUUUUCCCAUGCCUUCCUGCUGAGCUGCGCCUGCAGAUAUGGCAGGAAACGCUGCCAGAUCUCGAUGGCGUCACUUUGCAUGGCUACAAGAAGGGAUGCUGGGAUCUCAGAGACCCUCUACCAGAAGAACUCGACGAAGAGGGGUCCGACGCCCUUACCAGAGCCGACAAGAUUCUAGACUUUCGCCACGAAAUGCUAGACGACGUUCACAUUGACAUGCCCAUCAUCUUUGUCAAUCGUGAAGCACGCAGCACCGCUCUCUCCUGGGCCCGCGCGCAGGGCGUCAAGAUGGACUUCAACACCGACAAGGCCUGCCAUGUCUUCGUGCUGCCUUUCAACCCAUGGCAGGACGCACUCUUCAUCAACUCGCACAAGCUCGAGGAGUUUUGUGUUGAGCCGGCCGACCGCCUGGCGGGACUCCAGCUCCGCGGGCAAUCCGCCUACAGCAAUCCCGAGGUCACUCAGGUCGCCUUGCCUCAUACGGCGCUGACGUCCGAAAUGUCAGUCUUUUACGAUCUGAUCCAUUGGUUCCCCCGUCUCGAGGUGGUCUACAUCAUCGUCGACAUUGAGAUUGGCGCGGACAUGCCCAAGCAUUCCUCGGCUGAGGAGCGAAGGAGGGCAAAGGAGCGGAUGAAGCACCAGCGGUGGAAGACAAGCCAGACUCAGGGCCAUUCGUAUGUGUGGGACAGCAAGGAUCGCAAGUUUGUCCGUAACAUUGGCACGCCCAUUGGCUUCAGGUCCAUGUACAGGGAGAUUGAGGACUAUCUGACGGUAGGAAUAGCCAAGGUAUUUGCCAAGAGGGACGUUGAAAGAUUUGAGAUUCGCCCUGUUUUGAUGAUUUUGUGA